AAGAAAUGUCGUCUAUACCUACCGUCCAAAAGGCUACAUUCGCCGAUAGCAAGGAGACUUUCCAGGCCACGCUAAUGAGUCUCUUCUCAGGCAAGCCUGAGGAUACCGAGGCGGAUAUAUCAAAGAUAUUUACACCGACGGCGACACUGCGGGAUGACAAUACGACACUCGACUUCUCCGGCCUUGUUGAACAUUUUACUUUCCUUCGGAGAAUUUUGCCCCGAGUUACUCUGACAGUAGAACAAUUUGUACGUGACGGUGUACAGUUGGCCGACCGACAUAGCUCCUCCACAGUGAUGCAGGAUGGGACGGUUAAGAGGGCGGAGACGUUCAUGUUCGUGGUGCUUGGGAUGGACGGGCGCAUUGAAUCUAUUAUAGAAACUGUUCGGCAAUUAGUCUAG